GGGACUUCCGGCGGAAGGCGGACAUAGAGCUGGGGGCGCGGGCUGGCAGGUGCGGCUGGAGGGACUGUGGUCCCAGCGGCGCGGGGCACGAGCUGGAGCGGGGAGGCAAGGCCUGGGCCCCACUGACGCCUCUUCGAGCUCCUGCGACGCCGGCCUCUGUGGUAGGAUGGCUCGGGGCGAGCGGCGGCGGCGCGCAGCGCAGGCGGAGGGAACGCGUACAGUCGAGAGGGCGGCUCGGGGCGGCCCCGCGAGACGGGGCGGCGGGUCCCAAGGCGCUCCAGGGCGAGCAGCUCUGGCCAUCGUGGUCCUGUUUCUGGCUCUGGGACUUUCGGGGCGCUGGAUGCUGACGUGGUACCGUGCGCGACGGGCGGUCACGCUGCACUCCGCGCCCCCAGCGCUGCCCCCUGACUCCUCCAGUCCCGCUGUAGCCCCGGAUCUCUUCUGGGGCACUUACCGCCCUCACGUCUACUUCGGCAUGAAGACUCGCAGCCCGCAACCCCUCCUCACCGGACUGAUGUGGGCGCAGCAGGGCGCCACCCCGGGGACCCCUAAGCUCAGGCACACGUGUGAGCAGGGGGACGGCGUGGGUCCCUUUGGCUGGGAGUUCCAUGACGGCCUCUCCUUCGGGCGGCAACACAUCCAGGAUGGGGCCUUAAGGCUCACCACUGAGUUCGUCAAGAGGCCUGGGGGUCAGCACGGAGGGGACUGGAGCUGGAGAGUGACUGUAGAGCCUCAGGCCUCAGGUACCUCUGCCCUCCCUUUGGUCUCCCUGUUCUUCUAUGUGGUGACAGAUGGCAAGGAAGUCCUACUACCAGAGGUCGGGGCCAAGGGGCAGUUGAAAUUCAUCAGUGGGCAUACCAGUGAACUUGGUGACUUCCGUCUUACACUUAUGCCACCAACCAGCCCAGGGGAUACUGCCCCCAAGUAUGGCAGCUACAAUGUCUUCUGGUCCUCCAACCCAGGACUGGCCUUGCUGACAGAAAUGGUGAAGAGUCGCCUAAAUAGCUGGUUUCAGCAUCGGCCCCCAGGGGCUCCUCCUGAACGCUACCUUGGCUUGCCAGCAUCUCUGAAAUGGGAGGAUAGCAGCCCAAGUGGGCGAGGGCAAGGACAAGGCCAGUUCUUGAUACAGCAGGUGACACUGAAAGUCCCCUUCUCUUUGGAGUUGGUGUUUGAGUCAGGUAGUGCCCAGGCAGCAGGAAACCAAGCCCUGGAGAGACUGGCAGGCAGCUCGCUGACCCAGGCCCUGGAGAGCCAUGCCGCCGCGUUCAGAAUGCGCUUUGAGAAGACCUUCCAGCUAGGGAAGAAGGGCCUGAGCCCUGGCGAGCAGGCUUUAGGUCACGCUGCCCUCAGCGGCCUCCUGGGUGGAGUUGGCUACUUCUACGGACAGGGGCUGGUGCUGCCGGACAUGGGGCUGGAAGGGUCUGAGCACAAGCUCGACCCAGCCCUCUUUCCACCUGUCCCCCUUUUCUCAGCAGUGCCUUCGCGGUCAUUCUUCCCACGAGGCUUCCUUUGGGAUGAGGGCUUUCACCAGCUGGUGGUGCAGCGGUGGGAUCCCCGCCUCACUCGGGAGGCCCUAGGCCACUGGUUGGGGCUGCUCAAUGCCGAUGGCUGGAUUGGGCGGGAACAAAUACUUGGGGAUGAGGCCCGAGCCCGGGUGCCCCCAGAAUUCCUGGUGCAGCGGGCAGCCCACGCCAACCCCCCAACCCUGCUUUUGCCUAUAGCCCACAUGCUCUCAGGUGGCGACCCUGCCGACUUGGCUUUCCUCCAGAGAGCCUUUCCCCGCCUGUAUGCCUGGUUCUCAUGGCUCCAUCAGAGCCAGGCAGGGCCAGUGCCACUCUCCUACCGCUGGCGGGGCCGGGACUCAGCCUUGCCAACCCUGUUGAACCCCAAGACGCUGCCCUCGGGGCUGGAUGACUACCCCAGGGCUUCACACCCUUCCGCAAUGGAGCGGCACCUGGACCUGCGGUGCUGGGUGGCACUGGGUGCCCGUGUGCUGACCCAGCUGGCAGAGCAGCUAGGGGAGAUGGAGGCGGCUGCAGAGCUGGGCUCACUGGCCGCGUCACUGGAGGCAGAAGAGAGUCUGAAUGAGCUACACUGGGCCUCUGAGCUGGGGGUCUUUGCAGACUUUGGGAACCACACAAAAGCAGUACAGCUGAAGCCUAGGCCCCCUCAGGGGCUGGUUCGGGUGGUGGGCCGGCCCCACCCUCGCUUGCAGUAUGUGGAUGCCCUGGGCUAUGUCACUCUUUUCCCCUUGCUGCUGCGACUGCUGGACCCCAAAUCAUCCCACCUUGGGCCCCUGCUGGACGUUCUGGCCGACAGCCGCCAUCUCUGGAGUCCCUAUGGCCUGCGCUCCCUCGCAGCCUCCAGCUCCUUUUAUGGGCAGCGCAAUUCCGAGCACGAUCCUCCCUACUGGCGGGGUGCUGUGUGGCUCAAUAUCAACUACCUGGCCUUAGGAGCUCUCCACCACUACGGGCAUCUGGAGGGUCCUCACCAGGCCAGGGCUGCCAAACUGCACAGUGAGCUCCGUGCCAAUGUGGUGGGCAAUGUGUGGCGGCAGUACCAGGCUACAGGUUUCCUCUGGGAGCAGUACAGUGACCGGGAUGGGCGGGGCAUGGGCUGCCGCCCUUUCCAGGGCUGGACCAGCCUUGUCUUACUAGCCAUGGCUGAAGACUACUGACGGGCUAGGGGAUGUGAGGAGAGCCAGACCCCUUGUGCCACUCCUGUGUCCACAGGGACCUGUUCUCUGACUUCUGAUCCCAAGUCCCCUAGACACCAGUAUUCAAACUUCUCUCAGUUCAUCUCAGGUGUCUGCUGCCAUCCAUCCCACACCCCUGGGAUGAAUGUGAACUCAGAGUCUAUUUUUCUAAAUAAAUUGGAAAAAACA